UCUUCUCAUCAUGCAAAAAGAAAUAAGAGAUCAUUAGUGUGGAAUCACUUUGUAAUAGAAAAAGCUGAUAACGAUGAAGAAAGGGCUUAUUGUAAAAAAUGUCCAAAGAGUUAUUUGUGGCAGCCUACUAGUGGAACAUCUAAUUUGAAACGACAUUAUGAUAAAUGCUCACUAAAUGUGGAUGUAGAAAGAAAGAGGGUGAAGUUUGAUGAUAAAAUUGCUAGGGAGAAGUUUAGUAGGGUGGUUAUAAGACAUAAUCUACCUUGUGGUUGAAUAUGAGGAGCUUAGGGAUUAUCAUAGUAAUUUAAACCCUAUGAGGAACUACUUCCUUUCAUUCUUUUUGCACUCCAAGUGUUUGUCUUUUUGCCUAAGUCACGAGUACGGAGCUUUGUACUGAUCGUGGUGAGUUUGUUCUCUGUCACUUUUGUCAUCCCUUUUGAUUGUUACGACUUUGUUAAAUUGAGAGUUUCAACUGAUUGGGUAUUUUGCUCUUUCUCUGUAAGUAACCAUCUUUUUAGAACAUUGGGCUUUUGUUGACAUGGUUUAAAGCAAUUCCUCUGUUUGCCUUAGAAUUCUGAUCCGAAGCAAAAGGCAGUUUGUGAUUGGAGAAGGAAGCGGAGGUAAGAGCAGAGCUGCUGCGGAGCGGAGUAUGGAAGAAGCCCAUUCAGUGAAUAGUCCGAGACGAGUAUUAAGCUUCUCGAAGAGAAAGAAGCAAAAGCCCGGUUUCAGGGAUUCAGACAGCAGAAGGUCAUCUCCGUUCAAAGCAUCACAAGUUCAUCAUGGACCCAAACCCUCAGAGGUGUAUGGUUUUGUAGGUUCCAUUUCGACUGUUGUUGCCACUGUCAUCUUCUUGAUAUGGGCUUACGUACCAGAUAAACUCUUGGAGUCUUUAGGUAUCCAUUACUACCCAAGCAGGUACUGGGUACUGGCUAUGCCAACGUAUUUGAUGGUGACUUUGAUGCUAUCUUUGGCGUUUUACAUUGGUCUCAACUUCAUCGCUACUCCACCUCCAACCUCUCUCAAUACCUUGUUUGAUGAGUACAGUAGAGAACCUGGAGAACUCGAUCCUGGGAUGGAAGAAGGUGAAGACAGGCCUAUAGAUCCAAUUUCUGACAUUGAUAUUUCAAGAAUCAAUGAUGUUAUGUUCAAAGGCAACUCCUAAUCCUUAGAAUUCUGGGAUUUUCUUAAUUAAAAAUGAAAAACUUCCGUUUUUGGGAUCAGUUCUUUGUCUAAGAGUCAAAGACAACAUCUUACCUGCGUUUCGUUUUCAAGCAGAUUCUGGAGAGGUGUCGAGUGUCAAGUUUUUCCGUCAACUACAUACUACACUACCAGUAGAAAGAUUUUUUGUUUCAUAAUAUAAAAUGUUUUCAAGUUUU